UUUAUCGAGGAUAUUACUCGCGUUAUUUUGAUGAAGUUUAGUCAAAAACUCUUACAAGUUGACAAGAAUCUCAUUGGGAUGGAUUAUCGUUUGGAAGACAUGGAAGAAAUUUUUCCACAAAUAAUAGACCCAUUAUCAAAUAAUGUUCGCAUGGUUGGGAUCUAUGGAUUUGGAGGAAUUGGUAAGACAACCAUGGCUAAAGUUUUAUACAACCGAAUUGGUGCCCAGUUCAUGAUUACUAGCUUUAUUGCUAAUGUUAGAGAGGAUUCUAAAAGUCGAGGUCUACUUUAUUUACAAAAACAACUUCUUCAUGAUAUCUUGCCAAAAAGGAAGAACUUUAUAAGGAAUGUUGAUGAAGGGAUCCAUAUGAUAAAAGAUAGACUAUGCUUUAAAAAGGUUCUUCUUGUUCUUGAUGAUGUUGAUGAUUUGAACCAACUGGAAGCUUUAGCUGGUGAUCAUAAUUGGUUUGGUCCAGGAAGUAGAAUUAUUGUAACAACUAGAGAUAAGCAUUUGUUGGAGGUGCAUGAAAUGGAUGCAUUAUAUGAGGCUAAGAAAUUAGAUCACAAGGAAGCUGUUGAACUAUUUUGUUGGAAUGCAUUUAAACAGAACCAUCCAAAAGAAGACUAUAAAACACUUUCAAACUCGGUGGUACAUUAUGUUAAUGGUCUUCCAUUAGGUCUUAAGGUUUUGGGUUGUUUCCUAUAUGGCAAGACAAUAUGUCAAUGGGAAAGUGAAUUGCAAAAACUGCAGAGGGAACCUAACCAAGAAAUCCAACGUGUGCUUAAGAGAAGUUAUGAUGUAUUAGAUUACACGCAACAACAAAUAUUCUUAGAUGUUGCUUGCUUCUUUAAUGGAGAGGAUAAAGAUUUUGUUACUAGAAUCCUAGAUGCUUGCAACUUCUAUGCAAAGAGUGGAAUAGGAGUCCUUGGUGAUAAGUGCUUCAUAACUAUCUUAGACAAUAAGAUAUGGAUGCAUGAUUUGUUACAACAAAUGGGACGAGACAUUGUUCGACAAGAAUGUCCUAAAGACCCUGGAAAAUGGAGCAGAUUGUGCUAUCCUGAGGUUGUAAAUCGUGUAUUGACAAGAAAAAUGGGAACAGAGGCAAUUGAAGGCAUACUUCUGAACUUGUCUAGAUUGACGCGGAUACACAUUACUACUGAAGCUUUUGUAAUGAUGAAGAAUCUUAGACUGCUCAAAAUCUAUUGGGAUCUAGAAUCUGCUUUUAUGAGGGAGGAUAAUAAAGUAAAACUGUCCAAAGACUUUGAAUUCCCUUCUUAUGAGCUAAGAUAUCUCCAUUGGCAUGGAUAUCCUUUGGAAUCUUUGCCAUUAGGAUUUUAUGCAGAGGACCUUGUUGAACUUGACAUGUGUUAUAGCAGCUUAAAACGACUUUGGGAAGGUGACUUGGUAUGAUGAUUGAUUAUUUAUUCAUAUUUCUUCUUUGGCUAAACUCUAAAGUCCAUGAAAGCAGAUAUAUCAAAGUAAUUUUUUUUUUUUUCCUGUUACAGCU